ACAUAUAACAGCACUCUGAGAGUUAUAAGGUCUCAUUUACGUACUGCUCUCAGAAGUCACCGUCAGGAUGCACGAAGAAACGAGCAAUUCUACACUGCAGGGGAAAACUUCCUUCUCCAUCGCAGACAUUUUGGAUCCCGCCAAAUUCAACGGGACAAGAGAAACGCGGGAAAUCUCCAAUAACAGAGAAUCACCGAAGACGACUUCUCCAACUCAAGACCCAUCGGCUCCAAACAUCGCGAAUGCUUCUGCUGCAAAAGUGAAGUCGAAGCGCAUCCGCACCGCAUUCACACUGGAUCAGCUGCGCAUCCUGGAGCGAAGCUUUCAGAGCAGCCACUAUCUGUCAGUGUUCGAGCGCCACUGCAUCGCCUCAGCCCUCGGCCUCUCAGAAACGCAGGUCAAGAUCUGGUUUCAGAACCGACGCACCAAAUGGAAGAAGGAGCUGGACGGUCACGGUGGAGAAGAGCAGAGCCACUGCGCACCCACAGCACUCACGCAAAACCCAAUCAUGUACGCUCUGCCUGGACAUCACGCUAACCAUCAUGUGCAUUAUUACCCACAACAAACACAUUACCUGAACACAUCUUUCCAUCCUCAGACGCUUAUGAUGUACUGAUGUACUGUUAAACUUACAUAGAAAUCUGAUGAAAAUAUAUGCAAAUUACACAUAUGACAAGUUCAUUUUGGAUUUAGUUUCCCAGCACGGUGCUGAGUAGCUACUGGAAGGGCAUUAGCUGCAUACAACAUAUGCCAGUAGUUGGUGGUUCAUUCCACUGUGGAUAAAUCAGGGACUAUGCCAAAGGAAAAUGAUUGAAAGAAUAUUUGGAUUUACAUAAA